AUGAAAAUUAUGAGCUGGAACUCCCGAGGGCUUGGGAACCCUCGGGAAGUUCGAGCCCUUCGAGAUCUUGUUUGGAGGGAAGAUCCUAAUAUUGUCUUCGUUAUGGAGACACGUUCUGUCUAUUCUCGUAUGGAAAUCCUUAAGGUGCAGUUGGGGUUUCCUUGCUUUUUAACGGUGGGUAGCAUUGGUCGUUCUGGUGGAUUAUGCCUUUUCUGGCGACAGGAGGUAAGUCUAGUCUUAAAAUCUUAUUCUCAGUUCCAUUUUGAUGUGGUUGCUUCGGACCCAAUUUCUGGAGUUUCUUGGCGUUUGUCUACAAUUUAUAGGCAUCCAGAGAUAAAUCUUAGAAGAGAUACUUGGGCUUUGCUUCAUUUAUUGAAAGAUCAAUUGGAUGGACCAUGGUUAUGCUGUGGUGAUUUUGAAGAAAUCUUGGAAAACUCUGAGAAAUUGGGGGGUAGAGAGAGACCUGCUAGUCAGAUGAGGGGUUUUCGAGAUGCUCUAGAUUAUUGUCAAUUACGUAGCAUAGAUGCCGUAGGGUCCUUGCAUACAUGGAGUAAUUUUAGUGAGGGGUCUGCUCUUGUUCAUGAAAGGUUGGAUAGAUUUGUUAGUAAUGUGGAAUGGCUUGACUUAUUCCCCACCUGUAGAGUUUGCAACCGUAAUACUUCAGUCUCAGACCAUAGUUGUUUGGUUUUGAGUACGGAUGCAUUUGUGCAAAAUGUUUUCAGGAAGCCUCCUUUGUUUAAGUUUGAAUCCUUGUGGGUGGGAGAUAGGGGUUGUGAGGAAGCUAUUGCUAAUGCUUGA